UGUUUGUUGAUAACAGUUGGCAGAUCAAAAGCUAUUAUGUAUGACUUUAGUGUAAAUAUUUAUUUUUAAAUUGUGCCGUUAGAAAUUAAUUCAGCAGAACAUGGCACAUCAAUUCUCGCAACCAUCGAGGCGGAUACCGCCUCAUAUUAUCCUCUUUAAUGACAACAUAUACACGAAAUCUUUUACUCCGAAGGAAUACCAAGUUGAGCUGCUGGAUGUGAUUGAGGAAAACGACGUCAUCUUAUGUUUGACAAGUCGAGUUGCCCAAAAUUUUGUAGUUCUCCAAGUUUCCAACUGCUUUGCGAGCUACCAUGAUUGGAAAAAGCUAUGUGUAAUUGUCAUGGACGACGUCUCGUGUGCCGAGCAAAUUUUUCAGGACAUCUCAGACUUCUCGGCGCUUGACGUUACUAAAUUGGAGGACUCGGAUGAAAUCGGCAGCUCAAGGGUCCUUGUCACCUCCAGCGAAAAAUUGAUUGAGCUACACAAUGAAGAAGUUCUCGACUUGAACUCAAUACAACUCCUAGUUGUGGAUCAAUGUCACUUGUCCCUCCGUGAGGAUAGCAGUGUUGCAAAGCUGAUGCAGCUAGUUAACAAAAUGCCAAGGCGUCCAAGGAUUUUAGGCCUGACCACAUCUCUGUUGGGUAGCAAAGCAAAGUGUUCCGAUCCAGCUCAGUUGGAAGCCCAAAUUGUGCUACUUGAAUCUAAAAUGAAGUGUAGGGUAGAAGCGGCUAGUGACAUUUUGUCAAUUCUCAGAUAUUACCCUCAUCCUCACGAGUCUAUAGUAGAAUCAUCUUUGCACUUGAGCCAGUGCCCCGUGGCAGCAGAAAUUAAUCGGCUGAUUGAAGAGGCGAGAGCAUUUCUUGUUGACCAUGUUUACGACUUGGCUUCUCUUUACGGCGAUUUCAUCGAAGAAGAAAUUGGUGACCCCAAAUCCAUGCCACUUGCAGUCCUGGAUGAUCUUCAGUUUGUUGUCGAUACAAUGGGUGCAUGGUGUGCAGACAGGGCAGCUUUUGUUUUGCUUCUGAGAGUUGAAAAUCUGAAAGUGAAAACAAAAUACGAGCGUCACUACAUUCUGCUGUGCAUGAUCUCCACGCUGCUAAUCAAAGUUCGAGCUCUCUGUGAUAAUGAGUUUCAGCAGUUCGAAGAAAGCGAAGCCAUCAAGAAGUUCUCCAGCCACAAAAUUCUCAGACUUUUAGAAAUUCUUUCUUACUACAAAGACUCGCCUCAUAACCUGAAUUUAAGAUGGAGACACAAUCCAGAGACAGUAGAGAAAAGUGAAUCUACGAAUGCGGAAUCUAGUCAGCCUAAGGUGGAAGAAAGGGCAGGAAGGGGUUUCAGGAGAGGAAGACUGAACUUCCGGGGAUCCCCAAGGAAGUUCAGAAGGCCACCCAAUUUUUUUAUUCCCAUGGAUGGCGAGGCCGAGCCUCUCUGUGGCCUAGUUUUUGUCUCGCGACGAUUCACUGCUCAAGUUUUGUACAAUCUCCUCAGUGCAGCCAAAACUGCUAUACCCGAAUUAGCGUCGAUUAUGCCUCAAUUCACUGCUUCUUUGGCCGAAGAGGGAGAGCAAGUCAAGGACCUUGAAAAGGAGUACAGGAAGCAAGAGGAAGUGCUCAAAAGAUUUCGUCUUCGUGACUGUAACCUUUUGGUGUGCACCCCAAUUGUCGAAGAAAGUGUUGAGCUGCCUAAAUGCAAUUUGGUGAUUCGAUUCGAUCCUCCCUCCAGCUUCAAAUCAAUGGUGCAGUCUAGGGGCAGGGCUAAAGUGAGCAAUGCCUACUACCUCACCUUGAUGGAGAAAAACGCGUCCGGAAAAUACGUGGAUCAGUGGGCCAAUGCCAUUUGCCUGGAAAAACUCCUGCUUUCAAGAUGCCACAACAAUGAGCCUGACGAGGAAGACGAACAGCAAGCUGACGCGCUUUGCUCAUUAGUGGAGCCUUUUAACCCUAGCGGUGAUCGAAAACGGGGCUCUAUCGCCACUUGCGGGGCCAUGGCUUUAGUCAACAGAUACUGUUCCAAAUUGCCUUCUGACACAUUUACGAGGCUGACUCCUUUGUGGUGCUACGAGGAAGUGAAUGGCAAAGUCAGGUGUCGUCUGAGAUUGCCAAUCAACUCGCCAUUUAAAAAAGAAGUGGCCGGCCCUCUCACUAUCUCCAAAUCAUUUGCAAGACGCUUGGCCGCUUUGGAUCUUUGCAAAUGUCUCUUUGAAAUGGGCGAACUUGACCUUGACCUGCAGCCGGUUGGGAAGGAAAAAUUCCUGGCUCAGGAGCAAGAGAAACUCGGGCUGAACCACCACGAAGAAGAAAUAACCGAAGAGGAAGAGGAGGACACAGAGAACGCCGUGGAGUACAGGCCAGGCUCCACCAAAAGAAGGCAGUACUACUUCAAGAAGGUGGCUGACUCCCUGAUGGAGUGCAGACCUGAACCAUGCGAGGGUGCAUACUUGUACUUUAUCAAUUUGAAACUGAGUUGUCCCUUGCCCGAGGAGCAAAACACAAGGGGCAGGAAGAUUUACCCUCCAGAAGAUUCUCCGAAAGGAUUUGGAAUCCUAACCUUGAAACCCAUUCCUAAGAUAUGCUCUUUUCCAAUUUUCACCCGAUCCGGAGAAGUGAGUGUAUCACUCGACAUUUGUCCCACAAAAGUGGUCUUGACUGCAGAGCAGAAUGAAAAGGUGGUUGCUUUUCUCAACUACACUUUCUCCAGCGUGCUGAGACUGCAAAAGCACCUUAUGAUUUUCGGCCCUGAGUCUGCCGAAAAUUCUUAUUACAUUGUGCCCAUGAAGAAGCAGCCAGAGCUGCAAGUCGACUGGGAAUUCCUCGAUCUAAUUUGGCUACAAAGAGAAAUGCUUCCCACUGAAGUCGUUGAGGAGGAGCGCUCCAAUUUUGUGUUUGACCCCGCGAAAUACCAGGACGCAGUUGUCAUGCCCUGGUACAGAAACCAAGACCAACCCCAAUAUUUUUAUGUGGCUGAAAUUUGCGCCAACCUUUCGCCUAAAUCUGAAUUUCCUGGCGAGGACUACGCUACUUUCCAAGACUACUACUUGGCAAAAUACGGCCUGAAAAUAAAGUGUGUUGACCAGCCGCUGUUGGACGUAGACCACACAUCAGCACGCCUCAACUUUCUCACACCAAGGUACGUGAACCGAAAAGGCGUCGCCCUUCCAGUGAGCAGUGAGCACACAAAGAGGAAUAAGAGGGAGAAUCUCGAACAGAAACAAAUUUUAGUCGCUGAGCUAUGCGCCCUUCAUCCCUUCCCAGCUUCAUUGUGGAGACAAGCUGUCUGUUUGCCUUGCAUUUUGUACAGGGUCAACGGGCUGCUUCUUGCUGACGAGCUGAGGUGCAAAGUGGCCAUGGAGAUCGGCCUUGGCUUCACGCAGCUGCCAUCAGAGUUCAACUGGCCCCCGCUUGACUUUGGCUGGUGUUUGGCGGAUGUUCUGCAGAGAUCUCGAGAGGCGCUAAAAGCAGAGAAAGAAACGGUGCCAGAGUUGCCCGCCAUUCUCGACAAGCCCAAAGAGCCAAAAGAAGAGAAAAAAUCGGCGGAGAACAAGAUCGAAGCAGAUGAUGGCAAAGUAAAGGGCGGGAAGUCCUGGCUGGAAAUCGGGACGUGGUCCAAUGAAAUGGUGACUGCCGACCACGACGACGACGACUGUGAUAGCAUCACUGACGACAUGAUUUCCGACGACCUGCCGUCGAAUCUGACCAUGCUGUCCGGAGGGGAGGUGAUCGCAGACGGACCCGUCGGAGAAGACUGGGGCACGGGCAUCCAAAGCCACGGCAAAGUUCGCUACGGCUCGCCCACCAUCAUGCCGAGCCCCAGCGUCGCUGACGGCGGCUUUGGCACCUUCAACUCUUACUCGGAUUACAAUUCCGAGGACGAAUUUUCCGAAUUGUCUGACGAGUUGGACUACGUCGUGGACCACGAGCCAAUCCAGACGGCGCAUCCAGACGGACUGAGAAUAGAGUUCAAGGGCGACCACGUGGCCGAGGCCUUCGAUGACGGACCCUCUUUCGUCAUGCCCAACGAGGUGAUCACCGAGCCCGAGGACAGCUUUGCUUGGGACUGGCCCGAUUUGGGCCACGACUGGCAGCGAAUCAAGAAGAAAUACGAGGACAUAGUCGAAACCCAGCGAGAUAGGAUUUUGGACAGCGACAAGUAUCUCCCUUCUGACGCAACUGUGGUUAUCGAGCGAAAAAUCAUGGAUUACAAAAAUGAAAAUAUUCACCGCCACCAAAUAAUGCAAAGUUCUACAAAACUCGCUGAUGCCAUUGUUGAGGGAAGCGCGGACGUGAUUGGCUUGUCAGAAGGACCGGUCCAAAUCCCUAAUAGAGAGGACGCAGGCGAAAUUCACGACGAAACUACUAUAAAAAAACUGAAUUUCUCGUUUGACGAGCAGCCCACUUUGGAGGAUCAUCCAGGACCCAGUCCAAGCAUCCUCCUGCAAGCGCUGACCAUGUCAAAUGCCAACGACGGAAUCAACCUGGAGCGCUUGGAAACCAUCGGCGAUUCGUUUCUCAAAUACGCCAUCACAACCUAUUUGUACUGCUCACACGAGAAUAUUCACGAGGGCAAACUUAGUCACUUGCGCUCAAAACAAGUUAGCAAUCUGCAACUGUACCGUCUAGGCCGGGAAAAGCAGUUUGGCAGAUCAAUGAUCGCCACUAAAUUCGAGCCGCAUGACAACUGGCUGCCUCCUUGCUACUACGUGCCGUGGAGACUGGAAAAGGCGUUAAUCAAAGCUGGGGUUCCACCAGGCCUUUGGAACAGACAAGAUCUUGCCAUGCUCAGACAUCUCGAUGACGAAACCAUUAACAAGAUUGUGUGGGAGAAGAAGAACGAACUGGACUCGUUGCAACACGACAACUGUGCCGACUCAGAGCACCUGCUUCCCUUCGUGCCGUACAACCUGCUUACCCAACACUCAAUCCCAGACAAGAGCCUGGCCGACUGCGUCGAAGCCCUCAUCGGCGCAUACCUGAUCGCGUGCGGUCCGAGAGGGGCUUUGCUCUUCAUGUCUUGGCUGGGAAUCAGAGUUCUGCCCAAGGAGACAGAUUCCAGUGAUAAUCAGCAGAAGUACGGAAAGGUGAAUCCACCCCCAUCCCCACUGCUGAGGAACGUGGUCAACCCUGAAGGUGAACUGGAAAAUAUGAUGUACGGAUUUGAGAAGUUUGAAGCAAGGCUCAAGUACAGAUUUCGAGACAGGGCUUACUUGCUGCAAGCAAUGAGCCACGCGUCUUACAGUCCCAACAGACUGACCGACUGUUACCAAAGACUGGAAUUCUUGGGUGAUGCAAUUCUAGAUUACUUAAUAACUCGGUACUUGUAUGAGGACGAGAGGCAGCACUCGCCAGGGGCGCUCACUGAUCUCCGGUCUGCACUUGUAAAUAACGCAAUUUUCGCCGUACUUGCUGUGAGACACGGGUUCCAUCAAUUCUUCCUGCACCUCUCACCUGGGCUAGCUGAAGUAAUCCAGAGGUUUGUCCGGCUCCAGCAGGCAAACAACCAUUGCCUUGCUCCUCAGUACUACGUUCUUGGAGAAAGCGACGUUUCUGAAGUAGAAGAUGUUGAGGUUCCGAAAGCACUUGGUGAUCUUUUCGAAUCUGUCGCUGGUGCCAUUUUUCUGGACAGUGGAAUGUCGCUGAACGCUGUUUGGCACACAUAUUAUGCCAUGAUGGCUCCAGAGCUGGAACUCUUCAGUGCUCACGUUCCUAAAUCGCCAAUCAGAGAACUCCUCGAGCGAGAACCAGAAACCGCCAAGUUUGGGAAACCCGAGAAACUUGCUGAUGGUCGAAGGGUUAGAGUGUCUGUGGAAGUAUUUGGACAAGGUGUCUUCAGAGGCAUUGGACGCAACUAUCGCAUUGCCAAAAGCACAGCAGCCAAAUGUGCUCUCCGUCAUCUCGCUCAGCAAAGAUAUGGAACUAGCGAUGCAAAUCGUACUCAUUGAAAUAAAACAAUUUUCGCUAGCACAAA